GGCGCUGGGAAGUUCGCAGACAUAUCAGUGAAGAAGUUCAGGAGCGAAAGUACUCUUUUAGUAAACGUUUCGCUCACCUUUUCAGUGUGCUUCUGUUAUCAGUUCGUGCGCAGGAGGAGAAGUUAGCGAUACACGUGCAAGGGGGUCGUCAGGAGUUUUAGCGUGUGAAGAUCGUUUAUUUACGAUGGAUGAGAUGCAGUCAGAUUCUCCUAACAAGGUUGAUGGGGAAAAGGUGAAGAAAAAGAAAAAGAGAAGUAAAACUACAGAGCAGCAUGAGCUCACUGAAAGUCCACAGGAACAGACUGAGAAACAGCGCGAAAAGAAGGAAAAGAGGAGAAACAGUAAAACUGAAUCUGAUGAUAAUCUGCAAACACAUACAGGCAAGAAGAAGAGGAGAAAGCUGGAUAAUGAAGGCGAGACUUCAGUGAUGGAUGAUGGUGUCUCAAAUCAACAUGAAGCACAAACACAAGAGCUUCAGGGCUCAAGUGAAGAGAAGACUUCUAGAAGAUUGAGAACGAGAGUAAAUGCGACACAGACCAGCUAUGCUGAAAUGGCAGAAGAAGAACAGACUAACACUGAGAUCGAGUCAGAGCAUGAGGAAGAAGAGCCAAACACGAGAGAUGAGGAAAGCGACCCGCCUGAUGUAAUGAUUGGGACUAGAACGCGCAAAACUCGUAAGAUUCCAGUAGAUUUGAAACUCCUGGAAGAACUGAAAGAGUUUUGCCACAAUAUGCCGAUAGAUUUCCAAAGCGAUAAUGAGAAAAAUAAAAUGAUCAAGUAUGACCUGCCAAGAUUCAGGGAAUUCAGAAAACAAGGCAUCGCACUGAGACAUGGAAGGUUUUCUAAAGCAGAAAAUAAGAGGUUAAGACAGAACGUAAGCAACAUUCUGGCUCUCACACAAGUGAAAGAUGCGGUCAGGCUCUUUCAUCCCAAACGGUUCAAUGAGGAAAGGAAACUGGCAAAGUUGAAAAGGAAGUACGGGUUUUUUCAAACGAUUGCGGAAGGAAUUGCCAGGCCUUGUCAUGAUGUUUACACUCGUGGAAAGAAGAUGUUUGAUCACAGACAUUAUAAGGGGAGUUUUACUGAAGAAGAAGACAGAAGAUUGCUAAAGUACUAUAAAAGGUAUGGCCCGAAAUGGCUAAAAAUGUCUGAAAAGAUAGGUCGAAGUCCUUACUCCCUCAGGAAACGAUAUCCACAAAUUAGUUCGGAUAAAAGAAAGGGACCGUGGACUACUGAGGAGGUGCAGAGGCUUUUAAAGGCUGUGCGUGAGCAUGUUGUAUCUGUCCUGAAAUCUGCAAACCCUAAUAAAAAGAAACCAAAAAGAGUCAGUAGAGAAAUACUGUACGAAAAUUUGCCCUGGACCACAAUUGCUGAGAAUGUUGAAACUCGAUGUUAUAGGCAAUGCAGAGAAAAAUGGAUGUCCAUACUCUCUGUGCGAAUGUCCUCAGGGGCUACAUUUAGAGGAAAGACAGGUGUGCUGGCCAAAAUCAGACUCAUCAAAGCGAUGUAUGAAAUGAAAGUGGAGGAUGUGACGGAUAUCGACUGGGGAAGUCUCACAGCUGCUUUCGGAAAUGUCCCUCCAACAUAUGUUCAAAGAAUGUGGUGCAAAAUGAAAACCUGCUAUGUGCCAAAUUGGAACACCAGGAGUUUUAAAGACACUGUCUCACAUCUCCAUAAGGACAUUUUGCCAUGCCUGGUAAGUAGUUGCAAAGGCUUUGAUGUCAGUGAGGUCAAGGUAGAACAGAAGGAACUAUUCCGGCUAUCAAACAUUUUUAAGGACAUUGAGGAAGAUGGCCAGGACAUUGAAGAAGAUGGCCGUGAUAGAGAUGAAGAGACUGGCCAGCAGGAGAACAACAGCUUUAAUCAAUAGUGAGCAAUCGGUCACAGUCUCCAGAUCAAUGAAUUAAAGAAAAGAUGUACAUAGUUUUUUUUUAUUUGUUUUAUUCUUGGGUUUUACAGUUGAGCAGGAAAAACUGAAUCUGUCAAAGGUUUCUGAGGUUUCAAAGGUUUUCUGGACAUUUCGUUUUUCCUCAAAGAGUUCAAACUUGGGUGAUAGAGGUAAACAAUGGGAGAGCACGCAGUGGCAGAAUACAGCAUUUAGUCAUCUUGGUGUUACAUUACAUCAAUCCAAUUACAUUUUCAGACCAGCCAUGGCCCGAUGCAGGGGGUCAGAACUCCAGAAGUCAUGGUCCCACCCCAAGAACCAGCCUGUAAAGGUCGGAAAUUCAAAGCCCUGAUUCACUGUAACAAUAUGGGUCCUCUUAUCCCUACUGGCAGGAUCUGUUCAAUAUAUUUGGCCACUAAAGUGAGAAACGUAAAGAGGUACAUGGUUAGUUAGGGAUAACUCCAUAAUCGUACUGUUGUGAAAAUUGGGUUCUCCUCACCUGAUCAUUUCCCAUCCAAACCAAGACCUUAGGAACAAUGAUUUGAGCAUGAAAUAGUGUUAUAUA